AUGGGAGAGUUCUCUUUACAUCUAGAAGGUGAUCAGGCACAUGAAAUUCCAGCAAAAACGCGUUACCUUUCACAGGUAGCAAAUAUAGAGAAUUUUGAUGUUAUUUUCACGUGCCAAGAACUGCAUAACUUUCUUAACUUUAGAGAUGAUUUUGUUUUUCAAAUAAACGACGGUAUGCUAUCUAGAUUUUCUCGUCUUAAGUGUUUGCGUGCAUUAUCUUUGGCAAAAAAUAAGGAGAUUACAAGGUUAAGUAAUGAUAUCACCAAUUUAAAGCACUUGCGUUAUUUAGAUCUGUCAAAUACUAGCAUUGAAAGGUUGCCAAAUUCAAUGUGCUUGAUGAUCAACCUACAAACAUUGAAAUUGCAAUAUUGCUUUAAUUUGAGAAUGUUGCUGCCAAAGUUACACAAAUUGAUCAACUUACGUCAUCUGGACUUGAAAGAUAGUGGUAUAAUAAAGAUGCCCAAACAUAUGGGAAAGUUGAAGCAUCUCCGAACAAUGACACACUUUUUUGUGAGAAAAGAUAAAGGUUUUGGUUUAAAUGAAAUAGGAGCCUUGAACCAUUUAAGGGGCACAUUAAACAUUUUAGAUCUUGCGGAUGAAUGUGAUCUUAAUACAGUGGGAAAAGCAAAAUUGAAAGAGAAGUGUUUGGAUAAAUUGAAUUUAAGUUGGGGACGAGUGGUAAGCCGUGAAAUGGCACAAAAACAAGAGCAAGUAUUGGAGGCUUUGGAGCCAAAUUGUAGCUUAAAAGAGCUCACUGUUACAUGGUAUGGGGGUGCUCAGUUUCCGAAGUGGCUUGUUGAUCCUCAUUUAUCCAAUUUAGUGUCUUUACGUUUGGCAUAUUGUACAAACUGUGAGAGCUUGCCAAUGCUAGGGCAACUACCUUUCCUCAAGAGACUCGAAAUUGAGGGAUUUGAUGGAAUAAAGGUGAUCGGCCAAGAGUUUUAUGGGAAUGCCUCCUCAAGUGCUCCAUUUCAAUCUCUUACAUAUUUAAGUUUUGUAGAGUUGAAAGAAUGGGAAGAAUGGGAUGAGGGUGCCAGUUUCCCAUGCCUUGAAGAACUUUGCUUACUUGGUUGCUUAAAAUUGACAACGUCCCUACCUCAGCACCUUCCUUCUUUGAAAAAAACUAGAUAUUCAUUCUUGCCUAAAUCUGGAGACUUCACUUCCUAA